GCCGUUGCGAACCGGUGCCAGCCCAUGGAAAUGGCGUUUGGGGCUUGAUGUUCGACAACUGCGCCACGCUCUGCGGGCACCUCAGUCAAUGCACAAUCCAUCUAGCGUCGUAACCUCUGAUGGCCAAGAUCUGCCCUUCCUGCACAGGCGUCCUAUCAAACGAAGUUGUGGCAAAUGCCGUUCAAUGCGAAGCGUGCAAGUCCAUCGUGUGUUGGUGGUGUGACCAAGUCAUCUCAAAGGAAUCCAUUGCCCAUCACUACACUGUCAACGGCAAAGGCUGCCGCGUCGUACAACUGCCACUCUCUCCCACGUCAAAGAACUCCCGUGCACACUCGACGAAAACCACGAUUGUCCUGAAUUAUCUGUGGCGCGCGGUUCUCGCCCCGAUUGCCAUGUUUUGCGCAUUUGUGUCAGCCAUGUGCCGCAGCUUCACGCUGUGCCUAUUCAUGCGGCACGAGCCGCUAGAUGAGACGAAGGAGCCACCGACGGCCGCAAUGCCCGAAGUUAUCAAACCUUCCCUCGGAAAGGCCGAAGUGCAUCCGAUUCCAGCGACCACCCACCAGCCCACCAGCACACACGUCAUCCACAACACAGCGUAUUCCAUGUAUGCCAACCUGUAG